ACUUUUGAGUUAGCUGUAUACUUAAUCAAAAAAAAAUAUUUUCAAUAUAUUUUUCAAGACAAAAAAAAAGCCAAUAUGAGGGUUAUGCAAUAUUUUUUACAUAGACAUGUAUAUUUGGCAACAUUGAAUGUGCUAAAAGAAUUGUCAAAAAUUUAGUCAAUCAAACAAACAUGGAUUCUUCUCAGUCUGAGGAAUCAGAAAAAUCUUUGCAUAAUGAGAGUGAUAUGACGAAAAAUUAUAACAGUGUUCCUAAAACCAUGUCAGGACAUAGUAAUAAUAUCGUUCAUAAGUUAUUUAACAGAGAGACUUCAGGCUACACGUCACGUCGCUACAAUGACCGGGGCCGCAGAAUCUUCGAGCGGAUCCCGCCGCGGCUGCGGUUCUGCCUCAUGGAUAUUGUGCCCAUGUCCUACUUCAGGAACCAUGUGUUCAUGGGCUUCUCGCAGUGUGGACAGUAUCUGCUCAGCUUCACGUGCAGCGGGACACAAGUUUACUAUAGGGAGAAUGCUAAGUUUACCUUGCACUUCUUGUCCUGGGUGGCCGGAAGAGAGGUCCGCUCAGUGCAUAGAGUGCCCCUAUUUGGCGGAGAUGUCGUGGACAGCCGACUGACCGUCUCCAUGGCGCAGUGGAAGCACAACCCUGGUGUGCUGGUUGUCUAUGGCUUACCGGAUUCAUGUACGGAAAGAGCUCACCUCAGUGUCAUUGGAGUGCCACGGUUAGGAUGUAGGAAAUGUGCAGCUAUGGCGAAAGAAGAAGAUGAUCAUAAAUGGGGCCAAAAAUGUCUGGAGCACAACUUCGCGAUUCACACAAAGUUCUUCUGUACAUCCGACUCCAGCGUAUACGAGCCUGUCGUACAACUCGCCUACUCCAACCAAAUCAUCAUCUACACCGACUUCAUACACAUCCUAGAAAUAGACUUCGUCAAACCCGACCAAGAUAAACCCAUGGAAAUCGAUGAUUGCAAAUCCUCAUCAGAUAGAGACGAGACUAACUCAAUUUACACCAAUCCAAGCACACCCGCGUCUGACGUGUCAGCUGUCUUCCAUUCCCCUAAAUACCAGAACACGGUUGUGCAAGAUAUUUUAGAAGACUUCUCCGAUUUAGACCCAGAGCCAUUUCAAAUGUCGAAACCUGUGCAGCUACCUGACGUGAUGGGACAAGAGCUCUGUAUCCAAGCGUCUUCAAUAUCAUACAAUUUAGCGGAAGAAUGGGAGGGCCCUUCGCCUUCCAUUAGAACUUUAAUUUCACCUCCCUUAAGAUCCCCCAGGAGAAGACCCGCGGAAAGUAUGUCCAGAUUCAACGAAACACAUAGAAUCAAAGCGGACAAAGCUUACGAAUUCGUAGAAGAAACCGAAACGAAAUGUGAAAAACUUAGUAUCUUCAGAAAACGAAGAUUAGCUGACAAGAAAUAUGAGUUUUCUGAAGAUAAUAAUGAAAAUAUUGUCCCGUUCAGGGUAUUAAGGAGUAAUAGGAAAUACUUUACUGGGUGCACUAGCAAAAUGCGACGACCAAAGUCCCCCCCAGUUGAGGUCCUAAGAGCACACAACCAGAUAAGUAGACCUCCGUCGCCUACCACUAGUGAAAAAGACCAAGGUCUAUCUUGCUUAGAAUCUGACGACAAAAGCGAAUCUGAAUACAGAGUUACGGAAAUGCUUGACGACGGAUCUUUGAAAACGGUAGCGGUACAUGAUAACACUUCGAAAACUUUAUCAGAGUGCCCCGUGAACGCGCACGAUCCGUAUUUAGUGCAUUCGGAGAAUUCAAAGUGUAGCAAGUUUUUCACGAGAUAUUUUGUGGAAAGCGAUGAUGAAAUUACUUCUAUCGUUACGGAUUCUGAAGACGACUGUAUAUCGGGAUACCACGUAGCGCUCCACUUGCAAGCUCACGGGGCGAGUUACGCGCCCCUGCAGGGCGUAAGCGCCGGUGCGUGGGCGCGCAUUGCGAGCGUCCCGCAGCCGCUCACACUACGCGCGCAGCAGCGGAGCCUCGACACCGAGCUGCUGUGUAACGAGGUUUGCGGGCGACUGUGCAAGCUGAACGGAAAGAAAUUCAUAUACUGCUUCGAUUGGGGUUGCCAUGUCAUCGAUGUAUGUCAGAGCAGCGGCUGCUUAUCGGGGCUGUGCGCGAUGUGGCUAUGGGCGAGUGACGACACGGGCGCGUGCGAGCCGUGCCGCGCCAUCAGCGCCGGCUGCCGCGCGCACCGCGUGCAGUACGCCGCCGAGUGCCUCUUUGUCUGGGAUUUGGUGAGCGGUGUCUACAGAACCGAAAAAGUUACAAUGACUGAAGACGCAAGCCAGGAAGGCUCCAGAGUGUCUGGGGCAGACCGAGCUCGCGAGCUUGCGAAGAAGCUAGGACCAAUCAACAUGCCGUCCGGCUGUGAAACUAGGCUGCUUACUACUCUUACAGGGCGAUCGUUAAAGAGACUGACAGACGUGGACAACUGCAUCGAGAUCACCAAGAACCAUCCUGACAGUUCCGAAUCGGAAUCGGAACCCGAGGACUCUGACUCUGACUGAGCGACCACAGUGCUCCGUCUAGUUUGUAAGUUCCGACUGGGCUAAACCUGCCUAUUGCCCUGACACUUCACUUAUUGGCACAUUAACUAUUUAGCGAAUCUCAAUAAAAUAGUCAUCAGUAGAUCCAUAAUUAGUACACGAGUGCUACGCAUUACAAAGUUACUAAAAUUAACGGAGGAAAACUUUUUAGAGUUAAAUAAUGUGAUUGCAAAAACAGAAUUUAGGUCUUAAUUGGGGUUCAAACAAUAGUGACAAUAACCAAAUUUCACAAAUAUAAUUUCUGGGAUCCCGGUAUGCGUGUCUUAAAAUUUGAGCUUCGGGGACCAUGGGGAUAACUGGGAUAAGACGGCAUAGGAAAAAGUAUGCGACUUAUUUGUUUUUUUUUUCUCUUUAGCUAUGGAUUUAAUAUGAGUAUUCUGUAAGGCGAAGUGAAAGCGUAUUAAAUUUCACACAAUUAAUGUUUUUAACACUAUGUCCCUAAAAUGAAGCCGUCCCGAAUACCUAAGGGAGCUAAGUGUAUUGAUCUUGAAUAAUUAGUUGGCCAAUAUAUGACUUCAACAUGACAUAGACAUUUACAUCAUAACUAUUAUAGAAAACAAUGGAAUACAUAAACACAAGAAUUGGACAUGAUGGAAAAAAUGAAAUCUAUCCAGUGAUCCGUUGAAUGACAUUGACAAUAAAUAAAAUAAAUAAAUAAUUUUCUAUCUUUAGGCAUUGUGUGAAACUUCUAGUUGUGUCAAAAUAUCGAGAAAUCAAUAAUAUAAACAAACAUGGUAAAUAUCUAAUUAUUUAUAAUAGUUAUACAUAGAAGGCCAUGCAAUUUUGUAACUCACUGUAAUUUAAUUAAAUGUAUAGUAAAAAAAAAAGUUUUAAUUCCACUGUAAAAUAGUACUACUUUUUUAAAGGCUGGGCAGGAAGGGAUUGCUUUAAUUUUAGAACAAAAUAAAAGAGUUUUUUUCGAAAAAACUACCGGGAAAUCUGACUUACAAAUUUGGACUUUCUUAGGCUCAUUCUACUUAGAAUCUUCUCCAUUCUACCAUUAAAAAGAUAUCCUAAAAUAUCUAUUCCAUUACGUCACAUUUUAGUGUGAAAAAAAAUUCAGUGUAAAACUAAAAUUUCAAUAUUUAUUUUGGGUUUUUUUUAGCACGAGGAUUGAAUAUGCUAGUGAUUCUGAGUUGGAAGAACUCAAAAAUACCAGGAUCUGUGAGAAUCAGAUUUUUAAUAUUUUUAUGGAAAACGCUCAUAUUUCUCAUAAAAUAAUUUAUAAAUAAUACUUGAUAAUAAUGAUAACAAAAAAAUAAAAUUCUAACGAGUUUCGAACCCGCAUCCUUUUGCAUGUAUUUCCACGUACAUACCGCAACGCUAUUGAAGCCUACUCAACUGUACCAAAUUGUCUACUACAUCACAGUAACACUGUUUGAAUGUGUGAGUCAUAGUUGGAAAUAGAGUCAAGAAACAUGCUGUCGACAGUAAGGGGUGGUUUUUAGGGUUCCGUAGCCAAAUGGCAAAAAACGGAACCCUUAUAGAUUCGUCAUGUCCGUCUGUCUGUCCGAUUCUGUCACAGCCACUUUUUUCCGAAACUAUAAGAGCUGUACUGUUCAAACUUAGUAAGUGGAUGUAU